AUGGCAGGCACUUGCUCGAUGCUCUGUUUGAUCGUCAUCACAUUAUUCAUUCCUCCCCUGGGAGUUUUCCUCAUCUCAGGCUGCGGCGUCGACUUCUGGAUCAACGUCCUCCUCACUAUCCUCGGCUACUUCCCCGGUCACAUCCAUGCCUUCUACCUAGAAUACGUCUACUACGACCGCCGCAACCGCGAUCCCCUAACUCGGACCGCCCAACGACCAGCCCCUGGUGUCUACUCUACUCGCAUCCAAAACGGAGGUCAUCAUGCGCAUUCCCCGACACAUGCUCCUGCCGAUAGGGGCUACGGUACUAUGUGA